AAAAUUUGUAAAAGAUUUCUUUAAACACCCACACAGACAUGGAUGAGAGGUUGCAGAAUGCUGCCAUGGAAGGAAAUGUGGAUGCAUUAUAUUCAGUACUUGCAGAGGAUCCUUAUGUUUUAGAGCGUAUUGAUAAAGUACCAUUUGUGACUACUCCCUUGCAUACAGCUGCAAGGGAGGGAAUGACCUAUUUUGCCAAGGAAAUACUAAACUUAAGGCCUUCAUUUGCUUGGAAGCGAGAUCAUAUUGGGCGUAGCCCUCUACAUUUGGCUUUGGAGGGGAAGCACUUGCAGGAACGGCUUAGUCCUCAUGAUUUGAAUUUGGAGGGGAAGUACCAGGAAGUUGUUACGUGGUUGAUAAAACAUGACAGUGGGCUUGUCCAUGUUAAAGCAAGGGGGAUGGUUACUCCUUUGCAUUAUGCAGCUCAACUAGACGAUGAAUCCAAUUUGACAGACUUUUUGUAUGUUUGUCCAUUAUCAGUCGAAGAUUUGACUGUUAGAUCUGAAACUGCUGUCCAUCUCGCCCUCAUAAACGGAAGUUUGAAAGCCUUUAAAGUCCUGUUAGGAUGGCUCCAAUACGUCAACAAAGAGGAGAUCCUGAACUGGGAGGAUGAAGAAGGAAACAAUGCAUUGCAUACAGCAGUUUCUGCAAAUCAACCAGAGGUAAGCAUCCCAGAUGUUUUUUACUGCUAGCUCAGUUUGCCUUGCAAUUUUCUUUGCAUAAGCUUCUAAUAUUUCAUUAUCUGGUCAAUAAUAAAGGCGGUGAAACUGUUGAUUGGAUGUAUGAAAGUGAAUAAAAAGAACGGUAAAGGUUUAACAGCUUUGGACAUCUUCAAUGAUCGCCAAGGUCAAGAUUUGGUAGAUGCAGCAGUUGGGGACAUUCUACUUGCUGCUAAAGCUAAAAGUGCAUCUCAACUCCAUUGUCCGUCUUUAAGAGGUUCAGAAGAAGCUUCACUAUUUGAGAACUCUUCCAGGGGCUUAUCAUUUUCUGCAAGAAUUCUGAAAAGCUUUGGUCUGGGUUACCGAAGCGUUGAUAAAGUUCCACUUGAAGUCCGAAAUGUUCUACUUGUGGUGGCUAUAUUGAUAGCCACAGCCACCUAUCAAGCUGCAUUAAGCCCUCGUGGAGGAUUUUGGCAAGAGGACAGCAAUCUGCAGCCUCCAGCCACCAUCAGCGCUAUCAGUAACACGACGGCCAGUACCAUCUAUAAUACAAAGCCUUUUGAUCACCUUGCAGGGAACAUGAUUCUGGGGUCUUUAGGCCAAUUAUUAUUUUUGACAUUUAAUUCUUCAGCCUUUUUUACGUCUUUGUGCUUAAUUGCCACCCUCGUGACUGGGCUCCCAUUUUACAGAAUCAUUAUCCCAUUGAUAUCUUUGAUGGUAUUUUCGUAUUAUGUUUCUAUUCUUGAAACUUUUGACUACAACGAAAGGACCUCUGUAGGGCCUUUGCUUCUCAUUUUUCUGCUUGUAAGUUUUCUUGCAGCAUAUUAUAUUCCAGUAUUUUUAAAUUACCAACAACUGAAGCUCACAUGGCAUGGCCGCCGGAGGAACCUAUGUCUGGGAAGCUUUGAACAACCCAAGAUGUGAAUUCAGCUAGUGAAUUUAUUUUUCUGUGUCA